CGGAAGUCAGAGGAAAGGGCGGAAGUAGCGCGACUGCUGAGCGCGGGGCUGCCAGGAGUGCGGGAGAGUUUAUAAGAUGCUGCGCAGGAAGCCCACCCGCCUGGAGCUGAAACUGGACGACAUCGAGGAGUUUGAGGGCAUCCGGAAGGACCUAGAGAGCCGGAAGAAGCAGCGGGAGGAGGUGGACCUGUCAUCCAGCGAGGCGGAGGACGCCGCCUCUGCCCCCCUCAGCGCUGAUUCAAGGACUCAGACCAUACAUGACAGGAUCGGGUACAAGCCGCAGCCCAAACCCAACAGUCACACCACACAGUUUGGAAACUUUGAAUUUUAACAUCUGGGGGGAGGGGGCGGAAGAUAAGACUUUGGGGCUCCAUUCUCGGAACCAUUUAUGGAGGGACGAUCACAAGCUCAUCACUUCUGCUUAGUAAAUGUGCAUUCAGUUUUAUUUUAUACGACCUCCAGAGCUGCACUCACUAUUCUGGAGCAGAGGAUCACAGACGUAUCAUUUCUGCUUAGUAAAACCAUAUUUCAUUUCAUGACCUCCAGAGCUGCGCUCACUAUUCUGGAGCAGAGGAUCCCACACACAAAAUGUCUGCUUAAUAAAAAAAACAUAUUUCAAUUCA